AUGGCGCCUAAGAAGGGUAAACGGCCACAUGCGGGACCCAAAACUGCCCGGUUCACCAUGCGAGAUGAGGCUAGAAACACGACAUCCCAUCAACUACUUUUGGGUACGAGUCUCAGGACGAAGCCUGUCCAGUUUGUGAGUGCCGGCUACAUCGAGCCGCUCAAGCAGCCUGAGUUGUUACCUCCUGCAUCCCCAACAUUGGUUGGGGUGGAUACCGCAGAGGAGAUUCAGCUUCAGCUCAAUGAGAUUCAGGAAGCUACGGUUGAAGCCGUUGGAGAAAACUCAAAGCCGCUGGGCAUCGAUGUACAACAGUCCGAGCCCAGCCGCAACGAUAGCACUCACGACGAAACCGACCCGGUCGCGAAGACAGACGAGAAUGUUGAAGCUACCGAGCAGCUCUUCUUUUUCGACGUAGCUCGGGACGAAACUGUGGUUGGCACAGAUCAACCGCCCGUGCCGAUUCCAAAUCGCCAGCCGCUUGCUGAUCAUUCCGACUCGAGUGAGGAGAUUAUUCUCUUCCGAGGCAGAACCACGCAUGUCCAACCCACAGUCCAGCCGGUAUGCGAGCCAAGAAACCAUGCUACCAACAUGACUCGUCAACCCAUGGUUGGCAGUACCGGAACUGCUGCAGCCUCCACGAGUACGAAGGUGAUCAUUGCAGCCAGGCCUACUUCUGCGCAAGGUGGCAGGCCCACGUCCGCAUUUAAACGAAAGAGCCCCAAGCGGGACUCGAAGCGAGAUUCGAAGCGGGAACAGAAAUACAUGGAGGAUGAUGACGAGGAUGAAAUCCUGGCUGACUAUAUCGCCAAUCUUGCGGACGACUCCGAUGGAGAUGACAUACUCACCAGCCACCUCAGGACUUUCGCCAACCGCAGGGACCUAGGUGGAAAUGGGAACUCUGUCAACUUUGGGGACGAAUCGGAUGACAUGGAUGCCAUGUCUGAGACAGGCGGUAGCAACGCCAGCGACGAUAGUGGUGAAAACGAGCAACUGGAUAUUGAUGAAGAAGACAUCGACGACGAGACACUUGCUCGUCUCUUCGCUAAACAAGAGGAACUGGGCAUGGGAAGCAACGAACUGGUCUUGUUCUCAGAGGAGGCGGCUUUCAACGUCCAAAAGGCCAAGAAUAAAAAGCGUGCAGGCCGAACCGAAGGGUUUCCCAGUGCCACCGCAGUGGCGGAUGCAUUUGACGGUCUCGAGUUGACUGAUGGAUGGGUCAACCCCGGGUUUAUCCCACCAGGACGGAAUCGGCGCAAUAAACAACCUCCCAACUUCAAUGUGUCAGACUCUGAGAUUGAACUAGUUUUGAAGACUGCAUGGCAGAAAGAUAGAGAGAGGAAAAAGCAGCGCAAGCUCGAGCGGGAGGAAUUGCGUGCCCAAGGCCUUUUGGGUAAACGUGCCAACCCAGACGACUUGCGCGUCAAGUAUCUCACUGGGAUGACACUUGACGACAUCAAAACUGAGCUUGUGGCAUUUCUCCUCACCACAGAAGAGAGUCUCCAGUUUCCCCCAAUGGAUAAACAGGCUCGCAAGGUUCUUCACGAAUUGGCCAACAAGCUCAAAAUCAAAUCUCAGUCAACGGGAAAGGGAGACCAGCGCCGUCCGAUUCUAUACCGCACGAAAGCCACCUUGAGAUACAAAGGACACCGAAGUGAAGAAGUGGUCACUCAUGUUGACCAGGCAGCGGUACGAAUUAACCGGAAGUACUUCCACCGACUUGAUGCGAAGGGCAAACCCUCGUACAAAACCCCGUCUGGUGGCGGCGGUGGACGUUCCGGUCACCAAGCCGUCACAGUACGUGAAGGUGAAAUUGUGGGAGCCUCAGCCCCGGAAUUAGGCCAGGAGAAUAAGGGCCGCGCCAUGCUGGAAAAGAUGGGAUGGAGUAAGGGGAUGGGUCUCGGUAGCUUGGAUAACAAGGGAAUUCUGGAACCUGUGAAGCAGGUUGUCAAGCGAUCCAAGGCAGGUCUUGGAUAAGAUGCUGGGUACCAACUUGUGAGCAGGAAUGCCUGGGCUGAACGACCUCGAGGUGUACCGCGGCAAAGAUGUGUAAGUAUCAAUAUUCGACGGGAUCCAGAUCCUCCACUGUGCAUACAUAUCACCUGGCAUGGUCUACGCUUGUACACAGGAAGUGCGAAAAUGUGAAAAGAGGGAACCAAAAAUGCCAAAGAACAGGAAAUCAAAGGGGGGUUCUUUUCUGGUGCAAGCAGUGACUGGUUAUAACUAGCUCUCCCAUCACGACGUCGAGAUGCAUAUGCCGGAAACAGACUGUCGACGUUAGGUCUUUACCUCCUGCAUCACACCUCUCUCCUGCGUAGCCCAUUACAUAACAUAGAUCAUAAACGCUCGGUUCGGUGCUCCAACCGCCCCCCCCUCUCUUUUUGCCUCAACGAUCACCAUAGGCAACAGUGGCUCGUCCACGAGAAACGACUAUUCCUUCGCUAAAUCGGCCCAGCUCCGAACCCUCUCUUUGUGAGGCCAAACCAUGGGCUUGACUAGUUCUGACGAACGUACUCACUAACCAUGCCCAGUGACAUCGGGCCAAACUCCAUUUCAGAGUUUCAAAGCCGCGAUGGUGCCCUUGGGGUCAUGGCAGUUAUGGUUGGUUUCGUCGGUCAAAACAGAGCCAUGCAUUUGAGGGCCCUUGCUGGAUGUUCAUUUUUUGUUGCCCCGUGUCGUUGAAGCGAAGGCGCCGUCACUGAUCAAACUGAA